CAUUGCAUUAUUUUUGUCUGUGUGUCCUUGUUUUUUGAUCAUGGCGUUUACAGGCGAAUAAAUUAUUUUCAGAGCUGCAAAAACGCGCUAACAGAGAACAUCGGUGACUUUAAUUUUACAAACCGUUUUAUGAAAAUUAUCGAGCAAAAGUACAUCUCAGAAGUGGAGCUUAAAUAGCCUGUCGCUUUAAAUUAUAUCUUUUAGGGUUAUGAUCUGGUUUGAGUGGAAACCGGUCUGCUUGUGCUCUUUUUCUUUCCUUUUUUUUAACGGCAAAACAAUUGAUCCACUAAUGAUCACCUAGAAAGGUUCCCUCCACUGUGCCUGUGCGGAGUCGCUGCAGAGCGGCGUCACACACUCAUCUGUGUGACCACUAACGGCAACUACUGGCGGCCGUGAGCUGUCAAUCAGCCGCAGAGUUAAAGAACCUAAAAUGUGUUUUUGAGACACCACGUCUGCCUACAGCUGUUAAAAUGGGGCCCCAAAAAUGUAGGUGAGGUUAUUCUGCAGUUAUAGCCAUGGACAGAGGUUAUAUUAAUGACAAUGAUGAAAAUAAUCAUUUGUUGUCGUCCUACCUGUUUUUUAAUGGUAAAACUAAUUUGAUGCAAAUUUCCCAAGUAGGUUGGUGUAUUACUAUUUAAAAAGUCUUUGGUACUUGUUGGUUCACACCCCUCUCAGGACUGGACUCCAAGCAUGUUGAAGUUUCUGAAAAAGAAAUGGUUGCUUUUAUAUGUUAGACAUCGGAGAAGGACUCUGCACCUGCAAAGACAACCUCAGUCCGUCCCACUUGGACACUAGAAGGCUCGCACGCUGUCAUUUGUCCUGUACGAAUACACCGUGAAACCGCAAGAAUCGUAAAAAAUAGCAUGAAUGAAUUUGUGGCCACACUGCGCAGCCCUAUCGAGGCCUUUGAACUAGAAAUUGAACUCGCUUACAUGUUUUUACCGUAAUAUUUGAUAAAUCUUGACACUUUGAAAUGGACCUAGAUAAAUAAUCUAAUUAAUAAAGUCCACCCCCACCCUUUUCUUUUUGCUCUCCUCCCUCCCACACACACUCCAAACACAAUCGACUUGUCUCGCACAGACUCGCACCCUCCCCGCUCACUUUGCAUUGUGCGUCCGCUUGAGCUCCGUGUGUACUGACGAAAGCAAUGGCGGGACCCAGGCCCGUGGUGCUCAGCGGCCCGUCCGGGGCAGGGAAGAGCACUCUGUUGAAGAAGCUCUUAAAAGAAUACGACAGUGUCUUUGGCUUCAGUGUUUCCCAUACAACGAGAAAUCCUCGGCCCGGAGAAGAGAACGGCAAAGAUUACCAUUACGUCACACGGGAGGUGAUGCAGACGGGGAUCGAAAAAGGCGAUUUCAUAGAGAGCGCCGAGUUCUCGGGCAACAUGUACGGCACCAGCAAAGCCGCCGUGCAGGACGUGCAGGCCAAGAACCUCAUCUGCGUUCUGGACAUCGACAUGCAGGGCGUGAGGAACAUCAAGGGCACGGACCUCCGUCCCAUCUACGUCUCCAUCCAGCCCCCAUCCAUCGCCGUCCUGGAAAAACGUUUAAGGGACAGAAAGACCGAGUCAGAGGAGAGCCUCCAGAAGCGUUUAAAAGCAGCAAAGGUGGACAUGGAGUUCAGUAAAGAACCUGGAAUGUUCGAUGUCCUAAUCAUCAAUGAUAAUCUGGAGGAUGCCUAUGGGGAGUUAAAACGGGCUCUUCUCGAGGAAAUCACUAAGGUCAAGGAAGUCAACAUGUCUUCGUAAGGGCCUUCAGCAUCCUCACACCUUUUUGUUCCUGACCAUCCACUCCUCCAAAAUAAAAGCCCACAGGCCUCGGUUCCGGUCGUGAACAUUCCCUCAGAUGUGGUCUGUGAAACUCCAGCCAACAUUCCUUGGCGGGUACACAAAUACGUAUGUUUUUUUUAUAUGGUACUUAGAGGUCGAUACUGACAAAUGAUAUCUUAACUUAUUUUAGUGACCUGAUAUUUCCCACAUAGUUCUUCACUUUUCACUCGUAUGAACAGAAGUUACUCCGAUGAUGCUCACUUGAUGUGUGCCUGGUUUCUCGCUUUGCCGGAUAAACUGAUUGCAGCUUUGUUCUCUUUUUUUGACCGACGCAAACACGGAGGUGACACGACUCACUCCAUCAUGCGAAUUAACCGGUCUUACGAGACUGUAGAGCUUGUUCCUGGAUGUCUUGACUAGUGGCAGAGUGUUUGCGCUGAGCUGCACAAAUUUAGUUCAGGAGGGAAACUACAAAUUUAGAACUUCAGCAUUACAGUUGAUUUCUUAUCCAAGAAAAACAACGUGGUGGCUGUUUAUGCUCAGGAGUGCAUGGAAGUAAUUCCAGUGCUAGUCAAUGUUUAUAGUUGUGAGUCAUAGUUCAUAUAGCGCUCUACUGAGACUAGAUCUCAUAACAGAUGGAGAAACGGCUUAAAACCACACAUUGAAUAUUAUUAUUUAAAAAAUGCCUUUUUUUAUUCAACCAAUUUUCAUUUUUCUUUUACAAUUGUAAAUUUGAAAAACUUUAAAAACAGUUAUAUCAUUUUGCAACUCCCCCAUAGUAAAAUUACAUUCAAACUAAAGCAGGAAUUUUGGAAUGAAAAUGAAUAAUAUAUUUUCCUUUUUUGUGUUGCUUAGAAUCAAACACGGAGAUUUCCUUUCAACUGAGAGAAGAUCUAUGACCGUGGUUUACACAGGAACCGUGAAGUAAAAUUUCAUAUUUUUAAGACCCUUCUCAUUCAUUUUAAGACAUCGUGACCACCUUGGAUUCUAACUGGCUACUUCAGGGACACGCGUGAACUCCUUUUACUAUAAGUUAAUGUAAGAAAGCACAAAUAAACAGCCCGCAGUAUGCUCAAAAUCUUCUCAUGUAUACUUACACUCUUCAACUCUGUUUUGGCUGUUAUUUAUAGAUUCUUUUUAUUGUAUUGUACAUGUAUGUUAUGGUGAAAUUAAAGGAAUAGGAGAUCAAGCCUUUCAUUACAUAUUCUUGUAUAACAAGUAUCUAACUAAUAUGAGCAGUAGAUAAAUUGAAUGCAUUGACCAACAAAAUAAAAUACUUCUGGAAUGUGUGGCAGAGGCAGGAUUGUAAAA